AUGGAGUUUAUUGCAGAAAAUCUGUGGUACAUCGACAAUAAGAUGGUGGCAGAUGUGUGCCAGGACGCAGACCACAACGUACACAUUGUGCCCAAGUGCCCAGUUUCGUACAGAGAAAUAUACGCAGAGCUCAACAGCUUCCACAAGUUCUACACGUACAUGCUCAGGAAAAGAGAGGAAACGUGCGACCAAGGAGAGGCUAUUGCGCUUACGUACAUAUACACUAAGAUGCGCCUGACAAACACGCCAAUGAAAGAGUUUCUCAGGGGAUACUGCGCGCUAAAGUCUCUCUCUAGCACGGGAGAAACCUCGCUGAUUUUGAAAAAGAUGAGUAAAAACAGCGAGAAGCCUAACUACAUCGAAGAUGGAAGAACGGAGAAGCUCUUCCUCGAGUCAAGCAGAUACCUGUCGAAUCUGAAGCCUGCACAGUUCUACAAAAUGGAGUGCAAUCUAGCGCGAUACUUCCUCUCCAAGCACCAGCUCUCUCUGGCGUACCUAUACGCAAAAGAAGCACUGGAAAUGGCAAGCAGGAGCGCAUCUUCAGUAGGUAUAGAAGAGUCACGAAACCUCCUAGUAGAGAUAGAGAGAAAGCUUUAA